UCAUCUUCAAUAAUGCUCUCUUCCUCCCUCUCCUUACCCAAUCCUUCCUCUUUUCUAUCAAACCCCUUCUCUCUCUCCACCACCACCACCACCACCACCAACCAUCGUCUUCAUGUAUUCACCACAGAUCCAUUCUUCAAUGAUUCCACAUCGCCGGAGGAACGUAUUGCUAUUCCGGCAGGACUCCAGCGCGAGUUAAUACCAAAGCACGUGGCGGUGGUGAUGGACGGAAACAGGCGGUGGGCUCGGUUGCGAGGAUUGAUGCCUGAGGCUGGUUACUUGGCCGGUGCCGGAGCAUUGAAAGCGGUGGUCAAUCUGUGCAGUAAGUGGGGAAUUCAAACCCUUACGGUAUUCGCAUUCUCAUCCGAUAACUGGUUGAGACCCAAAGUUGAAGUUGAUUUCCUAAUGAAGCUGCUUGAAACUGCAUUGAAAGAUGAAGUUGCUUAUAUGUUGAGGGAGAAUAUCCGACUUUCGGUUAUCGGGGACUCAUCCAAGCUUCCAAAAUCGUUACAAGAAUUCAUAGCGUAUGGUGAGAACGCGACGAAGGACAAUUCACAUAUGAAUUUCGUUUUAGCAAUUAAUUACAGUGGAAAAUACGAUAUCGUCCAAGCUUGUCAAAGCAUCGCUUUAGAAGUCAGAGAUGGCAUUGUUGAACCGGAAGAAAUCAACGAGUUUAUGAUUGAAAACAAACUUGGUAUGAACUCUAAGCGUUUUCCACACCCUGAUCUUCUUAUUCGAACGAGUGGAGAGCUUAGAUUGAGCAACUUCUUUUUGUGGCAAUUGGCAUACACUGAACUGUAUUUCACGGAAGCCCUUUGGCCGGAUUUUGGAGAAGAAGAACUUUUGCAUGCUUUACGUGCUUUUCAAAAUAGACCAAGACGAUAUGGUAGAUGACAGUUUGUUUAAAGGUAGGUAUUAUUAAACAAACCCCUUUUGUGUCAAGAUCAAAAUACCUUGGAAUUCAAGGAAGUUUGAUCUUGACAUGUGGGAAAAGGGAUAUAUAACAUUGUUCCAUUAUCAGGUUUGCUAGAAUCUUUAUUACUAAAAUGUCACAUUAUUAGAUAUUUUAUA